CGCACUGCUAACGUUCCCUACUUUCAUUUCAUUUAGUACAUAUUAUGUGUGCGAUGAGCUCUUCCUCAAGCACAGCCAUUUCCACUGGAACCAGCAGGACAAAAAUACUUUUUCUGGGUAUGAGAAGGAGUGGAAAGACUUCCAUACUCCAAGUCCUCUUCGAUGAUCUUCCAGUCAAACAGACUUUUUACCUCGAGCCCACCAUGCGCGUCGCAAAGCAUUUCAUCGACACCGUCAUCCCGUUAGAGAUAUGGGACUGUCCAGGAAACGUCACCGUCGACACACUCGGCGCAUCUCUCGCCGAUUUCUCGACUAUAGUCUUUGUAAUAGAUAUUCGAGAUCUCUACCAACAUCCCGUCUCAAAGCUCGUAGAGUUUAUUGUCGCUGCAUGUCAAAUCAACCCAGACAUAAAUUUGGAAGUGUUUGUGCACAAAGCGGAAAGACUUCAGGAGGACGACAAGAUCGAAAACUUCCGCCAGAUACACGAACGCGUCAUGGAUCGCCUCGUAGACGAAUCUCCCGAAUUUGAGCAAUUCCCUCUCAAUUUCCAUCUUACCUCCAUAUACGACCAUUCUCUUCGGGAGGCGUUCUCUCGCGUGCUCCACAAACUGAUUGAUUCUCUACCAUAUCUUGAAGAACUAUUAAAUGUUUUUUGUUCUAACACAGCGUCCCCAAAAGCUUUCCUAUUCGACACAUCCAGUAAAAUCCACGUUGCAACAGAUACCUCACCCGUUGACCAAGCCACGCACAAUCUCUGCUGCGACUACCUAUCCAUGCUCAAUUCUUUCGGACCUCUCUACAAGUCCAACGCUAAUGACCCACGGACGAGUCGGUUUUCCCCAACGCCAGCACCAACGCCCCCACCUACAGCCACGACAUCAACUCCCACCUCCGGCACCAGUCCUGUCGGAACGCCGCCACUCCCCACUUCAUCGACAUCCCCCGUUCCACCCUCAAAGCCCCACUUCUACCCCUCAGCAGCGACGUCGCUCUCACCUUCACGCCCAGGAACUACGCUCACGUACCACCUCGUCACGCCGCACCUCGCAUUGCUGGCACUCCUUCCGACGACAGUGUAUGAUAUGCGCAGGGGUUUGGUGGAGUGGAAUGUCGUGUGGUUUAGGGAGGGCGUUAGGGAAAUAUGGGUAUCUGGGCUGCGUGGGGGUUUGGAGGAUACUGGAUAAUUCAUUUAGCCGUUGUGCGUGUUUACUGUCCGGCAACUAGUUCCUUCCUUUUUCUGAUAGCAGGACAGACAUCGUAGAUCUGACUUGGGAAGAGGUAGACACAUCAACAAGAGUUUCAUGAUUCAGGAACUGGGAGAAAGACGGUCUUGAACUUUGGGUGCUAGAAAGUGGGGCGUGUGUCGCCAGAGCUAGAGCCAGAGCCAGAGCCAGAGCCAUCGACUGGUGUAUGCAGGGUGCCGAUUGCUUUGGAAGAUAGAUUUCUAAUCUGUUCUAACUUCUGGAGCCAGUUGGCUAUGACUACUUAAGAUAGACCCCCACCCAUGACUGAAUGUUCAAGACAUGGUAAAAGGCAAAUGAUGAGCAGGUUUUGAACCCACAACAAAUUUGUAUCUUAUCACUAGUUUAGAAGUCAAAGAAUAUCAUGCAUUGACAGUAGAAU